AUGGCCAACUCUCGCCCCCCACGUCCGGCGCCAGACGACGCAUUCCCAACUUCUACAUCACGUCUGCAAGCAGAGACAGAAGCAGUCCUUCUCGACCACAUCCCAACUCAAGUUCAAGCCGAGACCGCCCAACUACCUGCCAAACUCAACAAAAGCGCCCAUGUCCAAUUCCUCGCCCGCAACUUCAUCCAAGGCUUUCCUGCCAAAUACACAAGCCAGGACGCGAGCCAGCCAUGGCUGAUGUUCUGGACGUUGCAGAGCUUCAGUGUGCUGCAGGUUGGACUAGAUCCGGGGAAUAAGCAAAGGGCGAUCGACACUAUUUUGACCUGGCAGCACCCCGAUGGCGGGUUCGGAGGUGGUCCAGGACAAGCUGCCCAUCUUCUCGCAUCAUACGCAUCGGUCUGCGCCUUGUCGAUAGCUGGAGGGCAAGGAGAGAAAGGCGGGUGGGAUCAGAUAGAUCGGAAGAAGAUGUACCAAUUCUUCAUGUCGCUCAAGCAACCAGACGGAUCGUUCCUUGUGGCACAUCACGCAGAGGUCGACGUCCGUGGCAUUUAUUGCCUCCUCGUAACCGCGACGCUCCUCGAUAUCAUCACACCCGAGCUAGUUGAAGGGACCGCAUCCUUCAUCGCCUCUUGCCAAACUUACGAAGGCGGCUUCUCUUCCGCCUCUCAACCAUACUAUUCCUCCGAGCCAUACACACCCAAGUCUCUCCUCUCCUCCCCCAGACCCCCGCUCGGCGAAGCACACGGUGGAUACACGUUCUGCGCUUUGGCCUCGUGGGUGAUGUUGCAGCCGUUUUUGGAUCUCUCGCCCCGCGGUAUCUCUCGCGAUCGCCCGCAAAUCAACGUGAAGUCCCUCCUACGCUGGCUCGUUCAGAUGCAAGGGUCCGCCGCAGAGAUCGGAGGGUUCAGAGGGCGGACGAACAAGCUCGUAGAUGGCUGCUAUUCGUGGUGGGUUGGCGGCGCUUUUAGCCUUCUCGAGGCGCUGGGUGUCGGCGCCAGUGUUAUCGGACCUGUACCAGGGGACGGGGAAGACUCCAGGGCCUCUGGACGUGAUACGGAGCCUGGGGAAGAGGGGAAGGAUGGUGAAAAUGAACACGAAUGGGACGAUGUGGAUGACUCUUUCUUCAACCGCGAAGCGCUUCAAGAAUACAUCCUCUACGCCGGUCAACAUCCGACGGGCGGUCUACGCGACAAGCCUCCCAAGAACGCGGACGCCUACCACACGAUGUACUGCCUCUCCGGUCUAUCCUCUGCUCAACACCGCAUGUUCCCGUCCGUCGAGCGCCGUGAACAGUUACAAGAGGCGUGGAAAGCGCCUUCGCCCGACGAUACGCUCCCAGGGAAGAUUCGCAAGGAGACAUUCCUCAACUCGCUCUCGUGGACAGAGGACGAGAGCGCCUCUAAGAUCCUUGGAGGCGAAGCAAACAGAGUGAAUGCCACCCACCCGGUGUUCAACCUUACGAUAACGCAUAGCGAGGCUAUCAUGUCUCACUUUUACGGGCAGACGGUGCCGCCGCGCGUUCGGUCCUCAACGUGA